AUGCAAUUAAAAUAACUUAUCAUAAAUAUCUAAAUAUAGUUAAUGAUAGCUAAUAUGGUGAUCUUAAUGUUACUAUCUAUUAUUAAGCCUUAUUUGAGUUGCUAACCAUAUGUAGAAGAAUGGCUAAUUAUUAUUAGCUUUAUUUUUUCCCGCAUAAAAUAUUUAAUUUAAAGAUUAGUUUUUCAUAAUUAUUCAUAUAAAAUUAAUUAAAAAAAAUUAACUUAAUCAUCAAAAAAAAAGUAUAUACAAAUGAGCAUUUCUAAUAAGGCUAGAGGAUUUAUUUCUGUCUAUUUUGGACCUAUGUUUAGUGGAAAAUCUACUUCUCUACUUAAUGAUAUUUUAAAAUACGAGAGUGAAUAAAAGAAAGUACUCGUUGUUGGAUUCGCACAUGAUAACCGUUAUAGCGACGAAGCUGAAAUUGUAACUCACCAACAUAAGAAACACCAUGCAGUCAAGUGCUUUGAAUUAAAAGAAAUUGAAUAAUAAUAUAAAAACUACGACGUUAUCGCUAUUGAUGAAGGAUAGUUCUUUUUAGAUAUUGCAGAUAAAUGUGAUUAAUACGCUAACGAUGGUAAAAUUGUUAUAGUUGCUGCUCUCGAUGCAACCUUUUAAAGAAAGGCUUUUAAUUAAGUAUUGAAUUUGAUCCCAGUUGCUGAAAAAGUAAUUAAAUUGAGAGGUAAAUGCUCAAGUUGCGAAGAAGAUUCAUCUUUUUCAAGCAGAAAAAUUAAAAGUAACUUAAUAGAAUUGAUUGGUGGAGAAGAUCUUUAUGAACCCCUUUGCAGAUCCUGCUUCCUUGCUAAAUAAUCUAAAUAAGAAGAGCUAGAUUAGGAAGAUAAUAGUUCAGAUGGUACAUCAGGCUGUUAUUAAGAAGGCUAAGAUUAAGUAUAAUUUGCUAAAAAUCCUAAUGGAGAAAAUAUUGAUAAUGAAGAAAGUAAUAAUAGUACAAACGAAACAAUAUCAGAAGUUGCAGAAUAAAUAAAGAUAAAGAGCUGA